UGUAAUUAAUAAUGUUUAAAGACAAAAUGAGAAAAAAAUAAGCAUACUUAAGUAAUCUUCAAGUUCCAGAAUGGCUACAAUUAUGUAUUCGGCAGUUCUAUUUUUAUGUUAUUUUGGAAUUUUCUUUGUGUUAACAGACGGCCAAUGUACCUUGCCGCUAAGUGACGGCACGUGGCAUUCGAGUACGCGCGGCACGUGGACAGUGGCUACGAGCGGCGGAGCAACCGAGGUCUCCAACUUCGAGGCGGCACUGUCCUACUCAAGUAACGUGGCGACGCUUACUUGUCAACAGAGUUCAGGGACACAGUACAUUUUAGGGACGAAUUGUGAGAUAUUUUUCCAAGUGUUUAUCAACGUGUCCGUGUGCCUGGACAUACGGACAAUCAGUGACGAGAACACAGACAGCUACAUAUUCUACUUCGCCACAGCUGUUGAUGAUGCUACCGGGGAGCGGUUCACCAAUAACACUGACGGGGCGUGCUCGGAGAUCGGAUACGAAACAGUCGCGAACGUUCAAAUCCUCGUCAAAGAUGGUUUUGUGGCGAGUGCGGCGAUGCAACUGCCGAACCUUGCGUUGGGGAACUAUAGUGUAACAUACGAGGUGCUGUUGUCAGCGGUUACCGUGGAGAACUGUACACUUGACACGUGUACCAACAAGACACUCAUGGAGUUCGGCAACUCUGACCCAACUCAGUACCUCGGCUUUACAAGUGGUGGUCAGAUGUACUCCAUCUACACGGACUCUUCUGGGACUGACACCUUCACGUUAACGUACAACGCGGACGUCAGUCCGGAUGGCAUCAACACUCAUCGCUUUGCAUGCUGGGCGCUUCUUUAUUCCGACGGGACGUUGCAAGCGACGGUACUUCCGGAACAGUGCGAGGGCUCUCAGACAUCCACGGCGGUGACCAGUGGCGGACAGAGGUUAACCAUGACCCCAUAUUUUACAUGCGGCCCAGAGGAGGAGGCCGUUGGUGGUCUGGCGGGCUGGGUGAUCGCACUAAUAGUCCUUGGUAUCUUGGCGCUAAUCCUGAUUGUUGCUAUCAUUAUUGUCUUCAUUUGUAUGCGCAAGACCGUCGCGUCCUUGGAUGAUGAGGAGAUGCUUAAGAAAGAGGGUUCCCGGCAAUCGACCCCGGACAGUCUGGUUGGGUAUGGGGAGAAAGAAAAGGAGGCCAUAAAAACCAUCAGGCACGGGAAGGACCUAGCAUAUAAACCGUCUAAACGGGAAAAACCAGACCGGGAGAGGACGUUUGAUUUGACGGAGAUUGGGAAACCUGGGGGCGGGAAAAAGUUACAGGACGGACAACCCGUGGAAGCAGAGAAAAGAGUGGAGACUUCAAAGAGUGUGCAGCUACGAAAAGAUAUACAAGGUGGUGAAAGUUUGGGACCCAUCGUGUUUCCACCCGGCAAGAAACCUAUACCACCGACCACCCCACGACCAGACAAAGAUGACGAAGUGCUGUUGCGGAUUAAGAAGGAACGUGAGCGAAAGGAGCGCGAGCGUGAGGAGCGCCGGAAGAAGGAGAAACAAGCAGAGGAGCUCCGAAUUAAAAUGGAGGUCAAGAAGGACCCCGAAGAAAUGGUUGAUAAGGUGAUUAAGCACCCUAAAGAACCGGAAUCCAGUGACGAAUAUGAGACCGACGAUUCUGAGAAAGAGGAGAGGGCCAAGCAGUUAAUGGAAAAGCGGCGGCGGCUGGCAGGUGCGACUUGGACUCCUCCGGGUGGAUUGUCGAACGCCAAAGACGUGGUCGGCAGGAAGAAGCGCAGGAAGCGACACGGACACGAUGAGGGAGAACUUGGUGGGGCGCUCGUGACCCGCGAACAGCAAGAUCAGCUAGAGUUCGACCGCCGCCGCCAAAAGAAGGCGAUGCGUAAGCGCGCCAAGGGCCGCCGCCAGCAAAGUGAUGUCAGCGGAAGUGAGACGGACACGGACAACGGUCAGCGUCGCCGGAAGCGGCGUAAGCCGCUGGCUCGAGGAGCACCGUUCAUGGACAAGUACAUUGUUAAGAAUGAGAUUGAGCACGAGUUGGAUGAAAUUGACUUUUGGAACGAGAAGACAAACACAGCGAAAAAUGUUGACGACAUUAUUGACGAAAAACCCAAAGGAAGUGGGGAACUACCAGACGGGUUCCAUUUUGACAAGGAGGGAAUGUUGUGGUUUAAUGUAUUUGCACUCCCGAGAUUGAAGAGGAGCACAGACGGUCGUCCAGUCGGGGGAUACAAGGACGACGAGUUCGGGCCGACGGCUUCCUGGGACUUCGGCGAGCCGGCGAGCGGCACAGACGGGGAGGAGGAUAAACGGCAGUCAGUGUCUAUCAGGCCGGCCUCCGGUCGCCAGGUUGCCUUUAGUGUCGGCGGCGAUAGAAGUAAGACAUCUUCUCCUUUGGAGGACAUCGACUACAAUACACGGAAGGGUCGACAGUUGGGAUCGGCGGAGCGGGGUCUGCUUAAACAGCGGUUGUUCGAUAAAAACGGCAAGCCAACCACUGAAGAAAAACAUCCAACCACACCGAUCUUCUUCAAAGGUCCCACGGGCGGUCUUAAAGCGGAUGCGGUUUACAUCGACAGUGCCCAGAUAGAGCGACACGAGCCGGUGAAGGCGCCCGCACGCAGCCAGUCCCAGCGGCCACCAGCUUCGGGCUCACAGAUGAUCAAGCGCUCAGACACAUUCGAGGAAGGACGACCAAACAUGAGCCGCAGAAAUUCAAGGCUGAGGUCUUCCUGGACAGGCAAUGCAAACUUGAUUCCCGAGGAAGACAACGCUAUGCAGGGCAUGUCAAAGGGCAAACGCAACAUCGGGUCAGAUGACGAGUUUUUCCUGGUUGUUGGAAGUAUUAAUCAACUAAGCAAGCCCCCGGAGAUCCUGGAUUCCCAGCUUGGCAUUAACCGAUGCACGCGGUACAGUGAGCGACACGGAGCGCCCCGGGAGCCGUCCGGUUUAACAGACAUCAGCAUGCGCACGGCGCCCGACUCCACUACACCCGACAACGUGAACUGUCGGAAAUACCUAGAAGAGCUUUACAAGGAUAAGAUAUACUUCGACAAAUACGUUAAGACUGAAAAGCUUCCUACAAAUGCUGCAGUGGAGACACGUGAACUAGCUGAUCACGCGAGGAGUUACCUGAAUAACUGUGCGGUGUAUUGGAAGGAACACCAGCCUCUCAACCCCGCACCGCCACCAAGUGAGCUUAGGUUGAAGCUUUCCCGCAUGCACACAGUCCAUGCUGAGGAUUUAAGGAAAAACUCUAUGCCAAUAUCAGUAAGCGAACGUCCAUUGAGCGCCGACGACAUAAGGGACAGUACAGUGGCCUCUAAAGCACAGAGCCGUGAGGUCACCAUGUCGCUUACCACUGAUAGGUCGGCAUGGGCCCCGGUGGACACUACCGGAGAGCUCGUGCCACCGUCUCCCGUGGGCAUUUCCGGUGAGCGUGUCCCGCCAGUAGGGGGGCCAUCAGGGUCAAUUGAAAAGACAGUCACUAUUGAUGAACCUUCUAAAAACCUGACGAGGGAAAAAUCAUCCACAAAACCCCCAGCGCCACAAAAGCAUUCACCUGCAAAGAAAACAAGUGUUGCGACGCAGGAGGCUGUAAUACCCAAUAAUGUGAUGUCUCUUGUAGACACAUCGUAA